AUGAAGGCGUCGUCGUCGUCGUCGUCGUCGUCGGGGGUCCGACGCGCGCUGGCCCUCGCCCUUUGCCUCGCCGCCGGCCUGGUCGCCGUGGUUACGGGCGGCGGCGCCGGCGGGAAGAGCUCCGGCCGCCGGAAGAACAAGGAGGUGUUCCUCCUCGGGGAGAACAAGUUCCAGUUCGGAGGCCGUAUAGACUACCGGCUAAAGAAGCAGGACAGCACCAAGACGCUGGUGGUUAAGAGCGAACAGCUGCUGAGGAUCCAAGAUCACGACUUCGCCAUAAGGCCGGGCUUUGGAGCCUCCGCUGUCCCGGUUGGGAUCGAUGUGCAGGUGGAGAGCAUUGACAGCAUCUCGGAGGUCAACAUGGACUUCACCAUGACCCUCUACCUCCGGCACUACUGGAAGGACGCGCGGCUGGCCUUCCCGUCCCGGAACAACCGGAGCCGGACGUUCGAUGGGCGCCUGGUGAGGAAGAUCUGGGUGCCCGACGUCUUCUUCGUCCACUCCAAGCGCUCCUUCAUCCACGACACGACCAUGGACAACAUCAUGCUGAGGAUCGCCCCCGACGGCAACAUCCUCUACAGCGUCAGGAUCACCGUGACAGCUCUCUGCUCCAUGGACUUCAGCAGCUUCCCGCUGGACACACAGAACUGCUCCCUGGAGCUGGAGAGCUACGCCUACAACGAGAACGACCUGAUGCUCUACUGGAAGAACGGGAACAACUCCCUGCGGACGGACGACAUCGUCCUCUCCCAGUUCUUCAUCGAGGAGUUCCAGUCCUCAUACGGCCUGGCCUUCUACAGCAGCACAGGCUGGUACAACCGUCUGUACAUCCACUUCAUCCUGCGGCGCCACAUCUUCUUCUUCAUGCUGCAGGCGUACUUCCCCACCAUGCUAAUGGUGCUGCUGUCCUGGGUGUCCUUCUGGAUCGACCGCCGAGCCGUGCCCGCCCGCGUCUCCCUGGGGAUGACCACGGUGCUCACCAUGUCCACCAUCAUCACCGGAGUGUCCUCCUCCAUGCCUCAGGUAUCCUACGUGAAGGCGGUGGACAUCUAUCUGUGGACCAGCUUCCUCUUCGUCUUCCUGUCCGUCAUCGAGUACGCGGCCGUCAACUACUGCACCACCCUGGAGGAGAUGAGGAAGAUGAGGAGGGGGAGGAUCCCCUCCACCUUCGACGCCAGCCAGGCCAUGGCGUUCGACGGCUGUUUCCAUGACGACGAGAUCGAGCUGACCCCGUACCCGGGCAGCCGCUCCCGGACCAUGACCUCCGACCCCCGGGAGAGCCCGGCCCCCAGCGUGGCCGGCGGCAACGCCCCCCCCGGGGGGGGGGUGGGGGUCCGCCUCCACCGCAGGAAGUCCCUGCGCGCGCACGUGGACCUGUUGCUAAGCCACAGCUACAUGAUCGACUCGUACUCGCGCGUGGUCUUCCCCAUGUCCUACCUGCUCUUCAACGUCAUCUACUGGAGCCUGUACUCCUGAGGGGCCGCGGGCCCCCCCCCCCCCCCCUCGGUGAGGGACCCUGGCAGGGGGCCCGCACCCUCUGGUGAACGCCCUGGACCAGUGACGGCGUUGUGGCUCAAGAGGCGGUGCGGGUUGGCCGGUAGCCGAAAGGUUGCUGGUUCGAUCCCCGGCUCCACUUAGGAGUGCCGAGGUGAAAGACGCCUCACCCCGACUGCUCCUGACGAGCUGGCUGUCGCUGUGCGUGGCUGACACCGCCGUCGGCGUGUGAAUGAGUGCAUGAAUGGGUGAAUGUGAGGCAGUAUUGUAGAGCGCUUUGAGCGGCCACUGGUUAGGAAAGUGCUGUAUAGUUGCUGUCCAUUCACCGUUUAUUGUAACGGGGGGGAUGGGGGUCCCCUCUUGGGACAACAGGGGGCCACCGGUUCGAUUCCCGUUCACUCAACGACUGUUGAGGAUCGAUUCAACGGGUACUUCCGAGAGGAAACCCCUGAGGUCAAAGGUCAGGGGUCAAGAGUCCAUCAGGACUCAAUUUAUGUUUGACGUUCAAUCUUUUGUGUUUACUUUUUCGCCCCUGUUUCAUCACUGCUGGAGCAUUGGACGAUUUUAUUUGUGUUGUUAUUUUGUUUGGGUCUAUGUGAUAUAAUUGAAUAUGUUUAUUUUUUCAGUCAGAAUGUUAUUAUUAUUAUCACUACUAUGAUUAUAGAUGUUAUGUGUAUUAUAUCUGGCCUUAGAACUGAAGGUGUCUGUGGUAAUGUUUGUAAAGUUAUGUCCUGCAAAACAAACACACACACACACACACACACACACACACACACACACACACACACACACACACACACACACACACACACACACACACACACACACACACACACACACACACACACUACAUCCAGGUAGUAUGUAAUCCACCUUCAGUUCGGCGUCAUGAUAACUCGAAGGGUGUUUCGUGAUCAACUUAGACGUGUCAAUACAAUCGCAAAAUAAGUCUGAUUUUGAUUGUGAAAUAAAAAAACAACAA